AUGGAAGGCGUUGGUCAGCUAUUUGGAAGCGUGCUUGAAAGUGACGAUGGUUUACAAGCUGUAUUUCUCAACAAUUUGGAUGAACAUCAAUCAUUUUGGACGGAUCCUCAAAAUGAUUUGGAUGUUAUAUUCACUAGAAUCGGGACAUUGUUGGCGGGCGCCAAAACACGAGAUCGUGCUUUAAACAUUCUUAAUCACCUUCUGUCCGACUGCCCGUUGGAUCUGGUUGAGGAAAAAGCCCAAUUCUACAUGAACGUUUGCACGAAAGUAUGUGACCAGUAUGGGCCAAUGCAAACGAUUCCGCUUGUGUAUAAACUGUUGCAGCAACUGAUCCAUCGUUCGCUGGGUUCGAAUGAACUGCACAAACUGUUUGUGAGUAAUUUACCCAAACUGCUGGAAUCUGUCGGCCCGAAGCUACCACCGGCUGCUAUCCCGUCGGCUUUAAGCUUCCUGGAAGUGGCGAUGCAACAUUAUGCUGGCUCAUGUGGCCCACUAAAAAAUCGCAUCGAAUCGUUCCUUUACUCGCUGGUCGAUUCUACCAAUCGGCACGUUAUCAACAGUACGGCCCGCUGUCUGCUGCUGUUGCAACAGAUACGAGGUGGCGGUCAGCACGGUUCCUUGCAUAAGAAAACCUGGCAAGAGUACUACCUGAAGCUGGUCGAUACGAUUCACGAUCUGUUGAACCAAAUAUUCGCCCACACGCCGGAAACGUUCGAUGAAGAGGAGAAUUUAGAAUGCUUAAAGCUAGCGCCGAUUGCAAAAAAUAUCAACCCCAUUCGCAAAGCUCAGUUACUGGCUAUUCGUGCUAUCAAUAUGAUAGCUUGCCUUGAUCAAGCCAUUGUGGGAGCGUAUCCAGUGCAGAAACCGAUCACCCCGUACAAAGCACUGAAUCUUAUCCUCCGAGGGCUUUCCGUUUCCUGCGAAGCGAUGGGCAAAAAUCCUAUUGCGGAGAAUAUAGCUUUCGGUACAUUCCUACCAUCGAUCCAUGUCGGACUGCUGGAGGUGUUGGAUGGGUUAGUGUUGGCCCUGGGUACCAAUAUGCUGAUGUUCGGUGAAUCAAUUUGCGAGAUAUUCCCAAAAUGUCUCAGAGCGACGCAGGGUAAUCGCAACGAUUCGGAAGGCACGAAAAAAUCCUUCACCCGCUUGCGCAAGAAGAUAUACGAAAGUGUGCAGUUGUGGUGCGAAAAGAUGCGCUACGGCAGUACUAUUGAGAUGGUAAACGAGCCAUUGCUGGAGCAAAUAGUGCGGGACAUCACACCGUAUGCAAGCGAGGUGACGCUGAAGAUGGGUGCUACCGGCAAUAAGCGACUGUCGUCCAGAGCCAAAAGAAAGCUGCAAAAGGAGCAGAAUGCUGCCACGGCUCUUAAUCAGAACCAUUCGAACCGAGGCGGCAUUUCGGAACAUAAGGAACAAUUAAUUGAUGCCGGGAAUGAAUCGCUUUGCCAGGCGGCCUUAGAGUGCCUGACGGUUAUGCUGCAAUCGGCCGGGUGUUUCAUAAAACCCGUCACCCAUAAGCUUUUGGAGGAGAAAAUUGUUCCGCUGUGUUUUUCGUUUAUUGCAAACCAUCAGCUCAAUGGACUGUACAGUAAGGAUGGCGCACGGGUAGCGUUACUACGCACAUUUGCUGCCCUGAUCGUGAAUCCACACCGUCACUGUCCUCCACCGUUGCAAUACGCGAGCUACAUUUUCAACACACUGCAAACGACCGAUGGCAGUCCGGCUGUGCGUUCCGUGGCGGCUGAGUUAGCUCGCACGAUGGAACUGGUGAUACAUCCCUGGAAGGAAACACUGUACUUCCCCGCUGAUAAAUCUGCCGUUAAGGAUGCGUUGGCAAACAAAGAGAAACACCCGUUGGCAAUGAAUUUAUUGAAGCUACCAGCAUCAGCCAUAUAUCAUAGCAAUGGGCAUUAUCAAGAUAAUGAUAGUGUUGAUGUUGUAGAUUUGCUGCCGGUUGAACCACAGAACCGUAGCUCACCGAAAAAAUCACCGGCAAAGAGCGCUGAAGAGGUAACAUAUGAAAGCGAUGGAGAAAUUAACGAAUCGCUAGCCGUAACGGAAGCGAGCGAAGAUUCAUUGGUUGCUGGCGAAGAAGAGCAAACUACCGAAACGGAACCUAACGGAUGGGUAGAACAUGUAAGCCUGGAUAACACGAACGAUGAGGGAAAAGCUAAUGAACCACAGUUAACUGUCCCGGAUGGAUCGGAUUGUUAUAAUGAAGGAGUUAUUCAAUGCUUGGAUGAUGACGAUGAUGAUAAGCCAAAAGAUCCUGCUGUAGUUUCGAUACUGGAUAGCGACGAGGAAGAACACCGCAAUGACGACGAUAUUGUGGAAGUCACGAUGGAAGUGGACUUCGGUGCAAAGCAAAUGAAUACUGCGAAGACUCCCUUAAAGCAUACCAUUACAUCGCAAACUAAGGAUGAUGAGACACAUGGCAUAACGCCCAAAAAAGCCAAACUCUCGCAAGACAGCUGCAAUGGUGCCGGUAAAACCAAAAACAUUGAUGAUAUCGUAAAUGAGAUGGUGGCGGAAUUCGUUGACGAACCGUAG